AUGUCUCUCUCAACACUUCGUGCACUUCAGGUCGACAUGAACGAGGCGAUCAAUACCCUUGUGCGGUGUCACGAGUGCACUCCACACAACAAGAAGAUCAUUUCAGAGCGGCGCAGUGACCUCGUUCAAAUUCUUGACAAUCUGAAAGACGAUCUGAUCCCGACCACCACACGAAUCCGUCAGCUCGGGCUGCAAUCGACUCUCACUAUGAGCAUACGUAUUGCUAUCGACCUGGACCUUUUUAAUCUAAUCCCAGACCGUGGAGUCAGCAUGGAAGAGUUGAUCAUCCACAAAGCCGGUGCAGACCCUCACAUUGUUGUCCGGGUGGUGCGGAAUUGCGGCGUCAACAUCACUCCUGCUUGCUACCGCGCCCUCUACCGACUUCCUGUUGGGCACAUCAACGACUCUGUCAACUCACCUGGCCUCUACGAACAAGGCGACUACUUCUCUCAGUCAGACGUGAGCCAGUUUCUUGCUAUGUCGGCACCGAACGUACCACCAUCUACUGCUCCUGUCGUGCUCGGCAUUGAUGGUGGCCAAGCGCCCGUGCCAGCCUCUGACCUUAAUAAUAACGGAGAGUCCGAUAUCGACAUAGACAUUGUCUUGUCCUUGGUCUACCCUCAAAGCGUGAUUGUCUACCAAGUUGACGACGAGAACUACGCCGUGGCCGAAGUCGAGAAAGCAAACACCUUCAACACCUUCCUCGAUGCUCUAGACGGCUCGUACUGCAACUACACUGCAUACGGUAUUACAGGUAACAGUCCUGAUUAUGACCCAACCUAUCCAGACCCGGCAGACGGAGGCUGCAAGGGCCAGUUGCAGUGCGGCGUCUACAAGCCAACCCGAGUAAUUUGCAUCUCGUAUGGAGAGGCAGAACAAGACUUUCAGAAGGUCUAUGCCCAACGACAGUGCAACGAGUUUAUGAAACUGGGCUUGCAGGGUCAUACAAUCCUAGCAGCUAGCGGGGACUAUGGUGUCGCCAGCUACCCAGGCGACAUAACACCCAGCGGAUGCCUAUCCGGCAACGGACAGAAUCAAACAAUCUACAACCCUGAUUAUCUGUCCGGCUGCCCAUGGAUCACCUCAGUCGGCGGCACCCGACUCUACCCAGGCCAAACGAUCCUCGACCGCGAAAGCCCCAUGGAACUCCAGCUGGACAUUGCAAGUGCCUUCGUCGGCAGCGGUGGUGGGUUCUCCAACUACUACACGACACCCUCCUGGCAGAAGUCCGCGAAAAAGAACUACUUCCGCCAGCAUGAUCCUGGCCAUCCGUACUAUAUUGCCAAUUCCGACGCCAGCAACAUAGGAGCUAACGUCGGCAUCUACAACCGUGCCGGACGAGGCUUCCCCAACGUCUCGGCAAACGGCGCUUUCCUACCAACCCCUGUUAACGGAACCGUCUAUCGCUACUCGGGUACCUCUCUUUCAUCACCACUGUGGGCUUCCGUCAUUACGCUUUUGAAUCAGCAGCGUACGAUUGCUGGCAAGGGUCCCAUUGGCUUCCUCAACCCGGUUCUGUAUGCUCAUCCCUGGGUUCUGAACAACAUUGUGAAUGGAACGAAUGCUGGGUGUGGUAGCUCGGGUUUCAAGGCUGUGCCUGGUUGGGAUCCGGUUACGGGACUGGGGACUCCGGAUUAUCCGAGGAUGCUCGAGCUGUUUUUGAGUCUGCCGUGA